AUGGAGUCGUUUAACUUUGUCUUACAGUACUUGUCGGUCUUUGUUUAUAAAACUUGGAUCACACCACGAAGACUUACAACUGAAGUUCUGGAUUUAUUCGGCUAUAUGUUGCCAGCAAAUUUUCCUUUCAAGCUGGUUGGUGUAGUGCGAGAGUUAAUUAAAACAACAGUUGAUUCUGGCACUGAAUUAGCUGCUCAUCAAUAUCUUAUAUAG